AAGAACGGGUGACGUAACCACUUCCACAACAACAAGAAGCAGAGAAACAAGGAAGUGGAUGAUUGUAUAAAGCCGUAACCUAUAAGGCCGUGACAAGAUUCGUUGAGUUCAGUGAAACCAGAUAUUUUUCAUCCUCCGGAUCAAUCCACAACUAUGAAUAACAAAGGUUCAUAUCCACAGCAGGCUGUGUAUCCUCAGCAGAGCUCUGCACCCGUGUACCCCCCUGCUAUGCAAAUGUCUCCUCAGGCACCCCCCUAUACAGACACGCCACCUGCGUACUCUGAGAUAUACCAGCCCAGGUAUGUGCUUCCACCUCAGGUGCCUGGUCAGGUGCCUCAGAUGUCUUCUCCUUACCCUGGCGCUCAGGUGUAUAUGCCCAUGCAGCCGCACAUGCAGGUUGGACCUGUGGGCCAGAAUGUCCCUAUGGCUUACUAUCCCAUGGGAACAGUGUACCCCCCUGGAUCAACAGUAAUGGUGGAAGGUGGCUUCGAUGCUGGUGCUCGCUUCUCAGCUGGCAGUAGCGUUUCCAUCCCACCACCACCUCCAGGGCACCCCCCCAACGCAGCUCAGCUGGCCGCCAUGCAGGGCGCCAACGUUGUCAUGACACAGCGCAAGAACAACUUCUUCAUGGGCGGAUCCAGUGGGGGGUAUACCAUCUGGUAACAGCAACUCCCUCGUGGUUUAUGCCUAAAAAAAAAAACCAUACCCGCCCCCUCCACCCCCCCCAAUGAUACCCCUGUUACUCCCCCAUCCCAUACGCCUCCUUCUUUAGGCUGCUUGGCCAUGCCACAAUACUGAUAUCACCUAACGGAAUGUAAUAUUUUAGAGCCCUUGUGAAAGGUACAGUACUCCACUUCUGACUUGGAAAUGAGACGAUUAAAAAAAAAAACGACAACAACCGCCUGGAGAAAACCCAUCCCAUAAUCCUCCAUUGAAAUCGAACCUUUUUCGGUCACUCCAUAUUGGAAUUCUACCAGGCGUUCUGCGUAUCUGCUCAAGUGACCCGCUUUUCUUUCUUAUGAUCCAAUGUUACAAAUUAAAUGGAGACGUCCUUGUAAUCCUGUGAAAGUACAUAGUUGAAAUGUGGAAAUAUCAUACUUGCAUUACUAUAGUUUAGCUGCUUUAUGGUGAAAGUGAAAUGCAAAAGUUACAAAGUUGCAGUUAGUUAAAAAGAAACCUUGUCUUUUUUGAAAAUCUUUAGUGUAGUUAGAUGUGUAAUACUUCCUUGUAAAUAUUCUUCUGAUGAUCAAGAGAUGAAACAUCUCAACUGUUGAGAUGGGGAAGACGACAACAACAACAAAAAAAAAACAACAAACGGCAUCCUGGAUGCAUUUAGCUAGCAUCGUAUUGUCUUUUGCACAAAAAUACCCUUAUCAAAUCAAAUUUGUUGCACAGGGAACAAUCUGAUAGAUCGUUCUAUUGAAAUUGCUUGUAAAUGAAAAAAAUACAAUUAAAUAUAAAAAAAAUAAUAAUAAUUUGAUGCAAUAUCUUAAGUGGUUUACUGUACCUUGUUGGGCAACUUGUAGAUGAACAUAGUCAAGUGCCAAAGAGCACUGGGGUUAGCCCUGAACCGAAGCAACGUAACUUCAGUAACCUUAAAGGAAAGAAAUUUAAAGUCAAUCCAAAAAGAUAAAUUGUAAAGGAGGGUGGUUGGUGUAACAUUUUUAGCUUUUUAUGUAUCCAGUUUCUAUUUCAGUCGGAUACCCAGUUUGUUAACUAAGUAUCAUAAAGAUUUUAAAAUGUUUUUUUCCUGUUUCCACGUGGUGUAAACGUAGUACCACCUUUUUUUCAUGUACUUAGUCACCUUAUGGGUUUUUUUGUCGCAUGAUUUCAUAAAUAUUGGCUUUUUGACUGCUUGUCGUCAUGAUUUUGACACAAAUGUAUUUGAAAGUCAAAACCAAGGAGAGGGUUGUACCAAAGAUCUGGUAUCUUCAAGUGCAUUUUAGUUGAAUCGUACAUGUUAAGCAAUCAUAUCCACGGUCACUCCCGUCUCCGUGUCGGUCUCAUGCAUUUAUGAGUUGCUGCAUACUUUGCACCUUUUUUUUUGCUUUUGUUUUUAUCUGAGAUGCACUGCUAAGCAAAACGGAGAAGCUGCAGACAUGGGGCUAUUCUCUUAAAAACUCUUGUUUUCAGGUGUUCUUAAAGAAAGCUGUGACAUUUUUCCAACACGUGUAGACUUUGACGUACAUCCAGCUCAGUUUUCUUUUCUAUAUUUGUCAUAUGCUUUUUGUUUAAUGAGCUAAAAGUGGGAGCAUACCUUUUUCGAAAUAAAAGCUACAUAUGACUGUCAGCAUGUCAUUUCUUUCUAAUUCUCUGAAAUAUAUCUUCAUCUGGAAACCGUUUAAAAGUAGAUUCCAUCAUCUAACAUUUGUAAAUAUCAGGGGUUUGCUUCAUUAUUUUUUGUGGGUGUCGUGUGUGUGACUGGGUAUCCGACAUAAAACGUCAAGUUUUACCAGCUGUGGCUUCCGUAAAGAAAGGACACACUUUAGGUGUUAUUUUUGCUCCAAUGAAACAUUUCCAUGAGUUUUCUUCGUUCAUUCAAUUUCAGUGAAAUCCGACCACGUGACUGAAAUAUCGCCGCGACGUCUGAAAACACACUCAAGUAUCCAUUCAUUCCCAACGCCGGCGAAGCCACAGCUGCCAAAACUUCCAAACUUGAAAUGUUUUCUGUGUCUCUGCUCUCUUUGUACGGCAGUGUUACGGCGGCUUUACUCAUGUAAAGUACCGUAAACUACUACCCGGUAGAUGCUAUGCCAACCACAGCCAGCAAAUGAAACACUCUUUUGUUGAAGGAUUAUGGACAUUCAUAGUUCAGGGAUUCUCUUUACAAUAUUUUGUAAAAAUAGAUGUAUGUGCUAAAGUGACCAGACUCACUUUGGUACACAUUCUAUCUUUUAAGAUUACUAAAGGAGAUGAGUGUCACUACAGUUUGCUGAGACAUGUCAAAGAUGGAAUACUUUGAAAAAGGUGCACUUAACUUUUUUAUACUAAACUUAAAAUUUAAAAUGUAAGUUUAGAAUAAAGGUUAUUUUGGAAAUUUCAAA